UGCUUGUUGCAGCUCAGCUUCUUCUCCCGAGCAGCAGCCUCAGCCCCGGCCCUACCAAGGUGUCCGUGUCAAAGAGCCAGUGAAGGAGCUUUUGAAAAGGAAAAGGGGAAACCUGCAGAAUGCCAGUGCCCCCCCAGCUGCUACAGCGGUUGUUUUGCCCCAUCAAUCACUUCCUUCCUAUUCACCAAUGGGCCAGCCUUGCCUGGAGAUGGAUGUUGCUGCCCCUGCUUUGCCUGUCACAGAUGAAGGAGCUCUCUGCUCUGGCUGGAUCUCCCAGCCCUCUCCCACAUCCUUGCAGCCUUUAACCCAGUGGACCACUUACCCUGAUUAUGUGUCCCACGAGGCAGGCAGCUGUCCUUACACAGCAGAUAUGUAUGUUCAGCCAGUGUGUCCCAGUUACACACUGGUGGGACCUUCAUCUGUUCUGACUUACACCUCUCAACCACUGAUCACCAAUUUUGCACCCAGAAGCAGCACCCCUGCAGCAGUGCCCCAGCUGGAGGGGAUGGAUCAGCAGCCACCUCUCCCGUACUUUCCAUGGGCACAGCCCCUCUCUGCACUCCCAGCCCCAACUCUGCAGUACCAGCCAGCUUCUCCCACCCUUUCUGGGCCACAGUUUGUGCCCUUGCCAGUCUCCAUCCCUGAACCAGCCCCCCAGGAGCUGGAGGAUGCCAGAAGAGUCAUCGGCACCCUGCCCAUCGAGAAGCUGCUCCUGGAAGAUGAAGACAAUGAUACAAUUCUACAUCUUUAUGCAGCUAAAGGUAUGAGGGCCUAUGCACUGGCAGCUGCAGAGCGCAUGAAAGUGCUGCGGAGACUGGAUGCCAAGGAACACAGAGGAAAGACUCCUCUGCUGGUGGCUGUCACUGCCAGGCAGGCAGCAAUUGUCUGGGACCUGAUCCAGGCAGGAGCAGAUGUCAAUGCUGUGGACAACAAAGGGCACUCAGCUUUACAUCUUGCUGCAACUUAUGGCUAUGCCCAAGUUCUCCAGGUUAUACUGUCUCUAGGUUUCCCUCUUGACUUAGAAAUGAAGGAUUUUGAAGGACAUACCCCUCUGCACUGUGCUGUGCUGGCUCACAAUGCCCUGCUCAGGGAGCAGGGGUUCCAGGUGCUGACAGAAGAGCAGCAGGAAAAUCUGCAGCACCAGAGGGAAGAGCUGGAGUCCUGCAUCCACCUCCUGGUGCAGACAGGAGCCUCCAUCUACAGCCGGGAUGUGAAAAGCAACAAAACAGUCCUUCAUUAUACAGUCCAGGAUGGAAAUAUCUCCCUGCUCAGAUACUUCUUGGAACUGAAUGCUUUCAAGUCCAAGGACUUUGUGAACAGCAAGGCACAUGGCAACACAGCUCUGCACAUGGCAGCUGCAUUGCCUCAGGAGAAGAACCAGAGAGAAAUCAUCCAGUUGCUCCUUGACCACGGGGCAGACCCCAGCAUCCGAAACUUCGACAACGAUCAGCCAGUCCACAUGGCUCCUCCUGGAAAAGCUGGGGAUCAGGUUAGGCACCUGCUGAAAAAAGGGAAAGUUGGAUCUGCAUUCGUUUCCUGUCACCGAAAUGCCAGGUCCUAG